ACUACUUUCAUUUUCGUUUUGUUCGACGGCAUGGCGGCAAAACAAAUACCAAAGGAUGAUUCUUCAUCAUUGGAAAGUACAUGUAGCUCUGAAUAUGAGUUCCCUGUAGCACCUCGCAGACAAAUUUGGAAACUUCCAAGGAGAGCAUUAGACUGGAAAAUAGAUCACCUGUCUACUCUAGGUGUAUACUAUGACGCGAAUGCCACAGAUCUUUCAAAUUUCGUGUCUGUACUGAAAGAUCGCGGAGACAUCCAGUUUCACGGGUUAGACAGACUGCCCGAGAUAAGACAGAAAUUACUGCGAUGUACAGAAGAUUGUUGGAAAUUUUCAUUUGACUUUGACAAGGAACAUGGCCAAGGAAUUCCUGGUGAAAUACAACAGACGCAGAAUGCAAUGAAAGAAUUCGAAGAAAAUAAAGAUAAUUUGGAGACACGCCUACAAACAGAAGAAUCAGAGGAGAGCAAGAGCAGGAGACAAACAAACCCAUUAUUACAAUCUGGGGAAGAUUUCAAAAACAUAUUCUAUAGAUGGAGGACAAACCUGAUCGAUUUUUGGACCUAUUUCUCCAUGAUUCUUGUUAGAUGGUGGAAACCCAGACAGAAAGAGGGAAGAUUCACACAUUUGUUCAUGGCUUUCUCCAAAAUUUGUCUCCUUUAUCCCGAGCCUGGUAAGAUGUACCCGGAGAGCAUUUGUAUCCGAGGUGUUGAUGUUCGAGGCACACCGGCCGUCCGUUUUGUGACUCUCCCGACGACUACACCACCAACAGUGGGGUCAUUUCUACAGCUGAUUGUUGUAACAGAGGUAAAACAGUGCAAUGCUUUUAAAGGAAGUUAUAGUGCAGAAACAUUCACAUACAAAAAUGUGUCAGAGGAAGCUCUUGGUCAGCAUGGAGUUCAACUCCUGAUGGAACGAGACAGUUCACUUUUUAGACCAAAUGUAGUGGGAAUUCUAUGUAUUGGAACCAAAGUCAUUUUAACAUACUUUGAUAUUAAUCAAGAACAUUAUGAAGAGCUGCUGGAGAAGAGUAAAGAGAUUAACGGUACAAACAAGGCAAGGAUAUCCUACACCCGACCGUUUGAUUAUAUGGAUCUCUGUGACCGACACGAAAUUUUAGAAUUGUUCUUCUGGUUCGGAUUUGUGCAAUCAAAGGUGAAUCAUAACUGAAGUACACAUCUGCAGAUUCUUUUGUGUAUAUUGGCUCAAGAAAUGUAUUCAAUAAAAUGUUUAUUGAUAUACAUAUAAUCAUUAUUAUUAAACUUUGUGUGCAUAAGUGAAAAUGGCUGUUGUAAAUAUGCCUACAUGUAGUUAUGAAACUUCUACACAAGUUUUCAAUUAAGAAUGUAAGAAGUACAUGUAUGUCUUGACAUUGUAUGUUAUACAUGUAUAGCUGUGCUUGUUUUGGGGUCUACUAAUUACCACCCCAUCACACAAAUAAAAUAUGUCAGGAAUUU